GCCGCAGAGCAGCAAGAGCCGCUCCGCGCCGUGCCGAGCGCUGGAAGCGGCUCGGUAUUGCAGCAGGUAGGGCUGAGCGCUAGGACCUCGGAGAAUCCUUCCAGCAGCAAUCAGGACUACCUUAAACCCAGCCCAAUGCCUCUUCCUGCGCCACUCUGCGUGCUGGAUGGAGAUCCACAGUCAAGAGCUGCAGCUCAGUGCUGGAGUACAACAUUUCACAGGGAGCCCUGCAGAAGCAACACCUGUUUCGAGCCAGCCAAGAAAGACACAAGCACUUGUAUGUUGCUGCUUUGCUUGUGGAUCGUCAAUAAUCCUAAACCAGUGGACAUCUGCUGAACCUCCUGAGAUUUCUGGAUAAUAGAUUUGGACGUCAAAAGUUUUUUUUUUCCUUUUUCUUUUUUCCUUUUUUUUUUUUUUUUCGGAUUUAUCUCAGCCAACAACGUGAGAUUUCCCCCCUCCCCCUUUGCAGGAUUCAUGCUGAUGUAUGCAGUCUGUUAUAGAGUAAAAACAGCGCAUGCCUUUCUGGAGUCAGAAUCCAUAAAUCCUGACGUAGCCUGUGCAUCUUAGAAAAAAAAAAAAAAUCCCUAUAACGCCUAGGUAUUUAAGUUGCUAUGGUCAUUCUUAUCUUAAACCAAAUGGAGAAACUACGGAUUUUUUUCUUUAUUACAGUUGGAUGGGCUGAAGACCGUAUUGCUUGCUAAGAGCUGGGGAUAUAUGCAUUUAUAUAGAUAUACACAUCUAUAUGUUUAUAAAUAUGUCAGUGUGUGAGUAUAAAGUGGUGGUUUCUUAGACUAACUGGUUUGACCUUGAACCUGUACCAGUCAAAACAGAAUAUUACUUUUAUUUAUGCAUUUAAUGGAUUGAAGAAAGAACAUUUUCUCUGUAACUGCGCUAGGGAGGGGAGAGGAGUGGAAUAUACCUAAUCUUAUAUCUCCUGGGUUUGGCACCAUCAUUAUUGUUUAUUCUCAUUCUCUAAAAGCAGAAUCUUCUGAUGGCUCCCUUAGGUGAAGUUGGGAACUAUUUCGGUGUGCAGGAUGCAGUACCCUUUGGGAAUGUGCCCGUUUUGCCGGUGGAUAGUCCGGUUUUGUUAAGUGACCACCUGGGUCAGUCUGAGGCAGGUGGGCUACCCAGGGGGCCUGCGGUCACGGACUUGGACCAUUUAAAGGGGAUCCUCAGGCGGAGGCAGCUAUACUGCAGGACUGGAUUUCAUUUAGAAAUCUUCCCCAAUGGUACUAUCCAGGGAACCAGGCAAGACCACAGCAGAUUUGGUAUACUGGAAUUUAUCAGUAUAGCAGUGGGCUUGGUCAGCAUCCGAGGAGUCGACAGUGGACUUUACCUUGGAAUGAAUGAGAAAGGGGAACUGUACGGCUCGGAAAAAUUAACCCAGGAGUGUGUAUUCAGAGAGCAAUUUGAAGAAAACUGGUAUAACACAUAUUCAUCAAAUCUAUAUAAACAUGUGGACACUGGAAGACGAUACUACGUCGCGUUAAAUAAAGAUGGGACUCCAAGAGAAGGGACUAGGACUAAACGGCAUCAAAAAUUUACACAUUUUUUACCUAGACCAGUGGACCCUGAGAAAGUACCAGAACUAUAUAAGGAUAUUUUAAGCCAAAGUUGACAAAGACAAUUCCUUCACUUGAGCCCUUAAAAAGUAACCACUAUAAAGGUUUCAUGCGGUGGGUUCUUAUUGAUUAGCUGUGUCAUCACAUCAGCUCCACUGUUGCCAAACUUUGUCGCAUGCAUAAUGUAUGAUGGAGGCUUGGAUGGAACAUGCUGAUUUUGUUCUGCACUUAAAGGUUUGUCCUCCUGGAGGAGAGCCUAUGCCCACUCGCUUGAUUUAGUACGAGAGGGAGCGCGAGAGAGUGAGUGCGAGAGAGAGAGAGGGAGAAAGGGAGGGGAUGAAUGGGAGUGAGAGCGCGAGAGAGAGAGAGGAGCCGAGGGGAGGAGGAGGGUGAGGAGGAGGAGGAGGAAGGCCUGAUGCAUGCUGGGGAAUAGACACGCUUUUAAAUUUUUGAUCAGUUGUACUUCGUCAUAUAUCAGCAUAGCUGCCAUACUUCGAUUCAUCAGGAUUUUUGGCUGGUGGCCUGCUCAAGUGUACGCUGCAUUUACAAAGGCAUGGAGGGUGCAGUCUUACUUAAACAAGAGACUUUUCAGUUAAUCGCUCUCUGGGUCUCACCCCACUGAGUUUAAAGCAAAGACCUCUUAGUAAAAAAAAUAAAAAUAAAAAGUUAAAUUUAUUUAUAGAAAUUCCAAAGGCAACAUUUUAUUUAUUUUAUAUAUUUAUUUAUUAUAUAGAGUUUAUUUUUAAUGAAAUAUGUACAGGCCAGAUAGGCAUUUUGGAAGCUUUAGGCUCUGUAAGCAUUGAAAUGGCAAAGGCCACUAUGAACCUGUGGUAAAUUCAUGCAAGUAAAUAUAAAGGUGCAUGGAUAAAAAAAAAAGCCAACAAUAAAAAGGUAAUAAUAAUAAUAAAUUCUAGUGACCCUCAUGUACUAAAGGCGACAAUCUCUUUUGUGCCCAUAUUAUUGUACAAGUAUGCACACUACUCAUGACACUGAGUCCUCACUCUUCUGACUGCUUGUUUCAUAGCUUACCCCAGAGGAUUAAAGAGAAAACUGGGUCUUCAA